AAUGACUAUUGUUUCAAAUGCCCUGCUACGAUGGCCUAUUUUUAUUUAAUGUUGUUGGUUUUAGUGGAAGCUUUAAAACCUGGACUUCCUUUUGUCUUAGAAGAUGCCGCUCAAAAUUCUCUAAAGUGGCCAAAAGAGUACCAUUUAAGAGGCGAAGAAGUUAACAUUCUGACUGGUAUCAUGGAGCCUUUUGAGGUUUGGUAUAGUACAAGCAGUAAUAGAUCUCGCGUGGACUACAAUGGGGGCACCGUCAAACAAUACUACGUCGUUGAAGACCCCGAGGGCUCCCAGCUGAAAAAGUAUGUUAUCAACCCCAUUACAACAGAAGAAGUGACGAAUGAACUUGUGUGCGAAGAACAAAUAGAAGAUGAAAAGCUGUUUGAUAUCCUGCCGACUCCCACGAAUUACACAUUCAAAGAACAAGAGACCUACAAUGGAAAAUUGGUUGAAGUUUGGAAAUAUUUUGAGGAAAAAGGAGUAGAUGAAGAAAAACUGGAAGAGACUUUGUACGUGUAUCGAGAUGAUGGCGGAAUCAGCAUACCUGUUUAUCUGGAAAUAAAGAACCAUAACCUAUGGACCGGAGUUGUGGACAAACACACAGUCACGCGUUACUACGAUUACAGUGAACCAGACAACGAUGCUCUGGAUCAUAAUCUAGAGGAAUCUUGUAACAAUACCGCGACAGUAUUAACAGAUCUUCAAAAGAAUUUUCAUGAACUACCAUCUGAUGUGGAAGGAUCAUUCAGCAGUUAUGUUAUUCGUCAUCAAAAGAAGUAUCUUGGAGAUGAGCACGAGAUUCGGAAACAGAUUUUCAAGAAAAACUUAAGACGUGUGAUUGAGCACAAUCAGCAAAACCUAGGAUACAAGUUGACGUUGAACAAGUUCUCCGACCGAACUGAUGAUGAGCUGGCUUAUCUGAGGGGUGCUCUACCAUCUCUGGAACAUGUAGGGACCGUGCCGUUCCCACAUACGGAGGAAGAGGUAGAACUGCUUGCUCAGGAGUUACCAGAGUACUAUGAUAUGAGGAUCGAAGGCUAUAUUACCUCAGUCAAAAAUCAAGCGGACUGCGGGUCCUGCUGGUCGUUCUCAACAGUAGCUGCGGUGGAGGGCGCGCUGGCACGCAGCAACGGAGGCCGCGACCUGGACCUUUCCGAGCAGUCAUUGGUCGACUGUGCUUGGGGAUUUUCAAGUUUCGGCUGUUCCGGUGGUGUGAUCAAUGAUGUCUACAAGUACGUCCUCAAGCACGGGAUUCCAACCGAAAUGGAAUAUGGCUUAUACUUAGCCAGGGAAGGUUGGUGCGGCCUAGAGAACAUGACUUCAGUGUACAAGAUCAAAGGCUUCGCAGCGGUCCCUCCGCUCAGUGUCAACGCUAUGAAGGUCGCGCUGUACAAGUAUGGGCCUGUGACUGUCACCAUCAACGCCAAUGACGCUGUCGUCCACUAUGAAAGUGGCAUCUUCUACGACCCUUCGUGUAACAAACAGCGUCUGAACCACGCGGUGACGGUGGUGGGCUACGGCAAGAGAGACGGAGUGGACUAUUGGAUCGUGAAGAACUCGUGGGGCGAGGACUGGGGAGAGGACGGGUACAUCCUGUUCUCAGCCACCGACAACAACUGCCAUAUUCUAGAAGACGCGUUCUAUCCUGUGGUCUAGCUAACAUUGUCACAAUGUAAU